CGUGCCUGGAAAAACAGAUGCAACUUCAAGCUAAAGGCCAACGAGAUCCUCACAUGCUCCCCAUACCGAAAGAGAAUCCUUUCAGUUGCGUGCCUGAGUCCAUUGCCGGUUCCUGCGAAUCCAUUGACAUUGUUCAUCUCUGUUUCCGUUUCGUGCUUGGCGGACUCCUCGAAGUGUUCGGGGACGUUGAACCAUGGCGGUUGCUUCGUCUGUGUGCCCUGCCUCCUCUGCGGCUUCCGUGUUGCGUGCGGAGGGUGUGUGUUCACUUCACCCUGUUCAGUGGCGUAGCUGCCGCAAUGCCGGGGUUAGUCUCAAGUCGUCGGGAGCCUUGUGUUCGAUUCAUAAGCGGCUGUUGUCGUCGUCGUCGAUGCGAGUUGUGCGUGAGCGGCGAAGAAUCACCUCUUCUGCUGUGCAACAAUCUGCCGAAACUAUCAUUGCUGAUGGUAUUGCGACUCCAAGCGGCAAUAGGGAGUCGGCACUGAUUCUCAUUCGCCAUGGAGAAUCGCUAUGGAACUCGAAGAAUCUCUUCACGGGAUGUGUGGACGUCCCUCUGUCUCAGAAGGGCGUGGAAGAAGCGAUCGAAGCAGGCAAGUGCAUUAGCGAGCUCCCCGUGGAUAUGAUCUUCACCUCUGCGCUGAUUCGGGCUCAGAUGACUGCUAUGCUCGCCAUGACGCAGCACCAUCGCCAGAAGGUGCCAGUGAUUCUUCACAACGAAAGUGAGAGGGCAGAAGCGUGGAGUAGAAUAUACAGCGAUACAGACGAUGUCAUCCCCGUGGUCACCGCAUGGCAGCUUAAUGAGCGCAUGUACGGUGAAUUACAAGGAUUGAACAAGGCAGAAACAGCUGAGAAAUUCGGCACUGAGAAAGUCAAAGAGUGGCGCCGAAGCUAUGAUAUCCCUCCACCCAAUGGGGAGAGCCUCGAGAUGUGUGCAGAGCGCGCCGUCAAGUACUUCGUGGACAACGUGGUCCCAGAGCUGGAAUCUGGGAAGAACAUAAUGAUCGCAGCGCACGGCAAUUCCUUGCGCGCCAUCAUCAUGUACUUAGACAAGCUCACAUCCAAGGAAGUGAUCGAGCUCGAGCUCUCAACCGGCAUUCCCAUGCUCUACACUUUGCAAGACUCAAAAUUCCUCCGGCGAGGAAGUCCAGUGGGACCAACAGUUCAGGGUGUCUACGCGUUGACACAGGAUCUUGCUCAGUACCGUGACCAAUCUAACCCACGCAACGGCACUGUCCACUGAACCUCAAAACCUUAGCUGGUUCCAGUCUAUACCGCAAGUGCCAGAUCCGUGUAGAAAACCGUGAACUAGACGAUUCUCCAAGUUAAUGACUGGCCCUCCAACGUUGAGAAUCAUGGAGUGCUGUUGUUUCAUUUGGAGUUGCAGGCACCCAAUUUAUGUCGAUCUUUCUCUCUGGUCCAUGAUUCGGUUUCUGCAAGCUUGUAUCAUAAAAAGAGCCCUGUCGGCGAAAGGUCCCCUGGCGGGCUGCCCACCCAGUGUUAUGACUAGGUCUGCGGUCUCAGUUUUUUUAGGGUUUCGGCAGGUUUAGGGUUGAGAUUGAUUGAGGUGGGGACCCUGUUUUUGGCAAGUCAUUUGUAUGGGUCUGGAUGAUUGCCUUUGCUCAUUCCACUAAGCAUCCAAAUAUACACUUUUUAAUGAUUU